UGGCAGAUACUUUAUCAACAGUUGAGAUACAUUCUAAAUUUUAUCGUUCCUGGGUGCAAAAACUCAAGGGGAUGCAAGACGGCAAACAUGGUGCAAUCUUCGCGUUGCCUUCACGUAUACUACGGAGCGGGGUCGCUGCCGCCCUCUCUACCUGUUCUCGUACUCAGUUCCGAACAGCCGCCUUUAGAACGUGCAACGUACUGGUCCCCGAGAGCAGUUCCAACCUAUCAUGGUUCGACUAUCUAGCAAUAAACAGGGGAGUAGUUGCUCAGCUAAUCAUUGCUGGUGGCUCUCGACCCACCAUCAUAUCUACGAUAGAUCCACCCACCACCGCAUCCAGGUUUGAUUUACCAAACCCCGUACGUUUGAUUUACCAAACCCCGUACGUGUGCCCAAGCGCGCGCGCUUGGGCUCACACACGCGGAACGUGCACGCGGACCCGCACAGUUCCUGCGUCGCCCCCUCCCCCCCUAACCACCGCACACCCACAUACGCGCAAUGCGUAUGUGGGUGUGCGGUGGGCCAACCCCCGCGGGCCCCAACCGUCCCCCCCCCCCUUUACACCAACACGGGGUCCCCAUAGAGGGGCCGCCGCAGGGGUCCGGCCCACUUUAGUUUCUUCAGGGCAGGUUGAUGACACCCCCAACCACGAUUCCCGGUCGUCCCAACAGGCCCCUCCCCCCCGUGUUGCCCUCAAACAUUAA